CGAGAUUGACAAGGCUCAAUGGUGAAACUGGUUUAUAACGCACGCAAGUUGUUCGUCUGAAAGCCGCAGAGAAACCGUUGUGCUGGGUGAAUGUAGUGAGACGCGAAAGUCUGAAACCUUUUUGUUUGGGUAUUGAAAAGCUAGUCUCCUGUGUUUGGGGAAGGCCUUUUCUUUCAAUGAAUAGGAAGUAAACGACGGUGAUAUAUACAAUGGUGAGGUCGUCUCUUUCGAGUAAGAGAUACACUUACAUACACGAAAGUGAAAGUGAGCUGCUUAGAAGAGCCAUUGACAUUCACAAUGUGAUCAUCAAUACGAGCAGAUCAACUGGUUAUCUCCGUCUUAUGGGCCUUGCUUUCUUCCUUGUGAUUUUAGGGGCUUCUAUGUAUUUUUUUCUUGGAAAGGACAAUCCAGGUAGAAAUCUUUGUUGGAGCUGCAUGUUAACUGGGUUCUUUGUCGUGAUACUAAGUCUGAAGUUAGUCAAGAAAGAAUCUGUUAUAAUCAUGCCAACCUUCGGGAUCCAACUUGAAACUCAAUAUUUAAGUGGAAAAACUGUCUCCAGGUUUAUCCCCAUUAGUAAGAUUUUGAAGCCUGUGCUUGUGGAAUGUGUCACACCCGUUACAUGUUACUGGAGUCUCUCCUUAUUCCUGCGUGAUGAAGAACAGCUUACAUUGGUGUUUAAGACCAACGUGAAAUCAUCAGUGAAGAGAAACAAGUUUUAUCUGGUUAACCAGCAUCCACGUGAAUUUUCUACUGCCAAUACAAGCAAACGAACAUGGAAGAUCCGUUUAGAAGACAACACUGAAGUUGUGAGGUUACAGAACUUGUAG